AUGCUCAUCCAACUUCGCGCCGUCCCCGUGGAUCCCGGGGAGGAGACGGAAACUGGCCAGCCUCUGCAACUGCAUAACCAGGAUGGCCAUGCUCCAGAGCCUCAGCUCUUGCUGUCCACUGCAACAGCAUUCCCCUCCAUCUCCCCAUGA